AGUUACCUUGUGCCAUUCUUACCUCCCAGCACAAACACCUGGCUGACUGUGUGUCCUUGAGUAAGUCACUGCCAGAGACAUGGUGGUUUGUUGGGAGGUGAGCUAGUGUGUGGUUUGAUUGUGUUCUUUCCUUCUGACCCCUGAAGGGCAUCACCAAAUUUAGGAAAUAGUCUCAGAGUUCUGGAUCUGUUGCUACCUGGUGAGGCUGGAGGCCAGGCAGCCUGCAGGAUGCUGUGGUCAGGUGGGAUCAGACUUCUCUGCCAAGUGGGAGAGAAGCCACCACCCGCUCUAUGCAGGGCAGUAGCCACAGGGCCAGGUUAUCUCUGACACAGGCAAAUGCCUUGGUUAGAAGCACUUCAUGACUUGCUUGGAAUUCCCUCUUGGUGAAGGCAGGGACGAGUCCUCCCUGCGCCAUGUCCCCUGUGCGCCCGUAUCUCCGUAGCCAUCUCUGCUCUCUCCCUUGCCCUGACACUCUUUCCUCCUGCAGGCUAUGUUUGUGUCUAGCUGUGAGUACUGACUUUCCCCAGGAGCAGCUAGGAUCAGAUGAUCUUCCCAGCUGGAGGCAAGAGAACUUCUGUUCCAAGGGUUCUCCCCGUGGCCUCUGAAUGCUGUUCUUCUCAUGGAGCCUCUCCUGGCUUUCUGUGCAGCCAACCCCAGCAGCCGCCCUCACAGAGACUGGCUGCCCUCACAGAGGGUUUGUUUUGCAUGUGGUGGCUGAACUUUGAUUCUGUGACUCAUCCUGCAGUGCAAACUUCAAGUCUCCCCGCCCUCCCAUUUAAUUGCUUUCUUCCUUUCCUUUAAAAAAAAAAACAAAAAACCCAAAGCAUAACUACCUUUGCAGCUGAACAUGACUGCGGCGUGCAGGAAGUGGAGCGUUGGCAUGAAGUGGCUCCUAGUGGCUGUGCGGCAUAUGCCGGCUGCCCUCCUCUGACUGCAGUGGCACCUGGGGUCCUGGCCUCACUGGCAGGAGAACAUUGGUAUGAAGGCUGCUGGCGACUGUGAAGACCGGAGGGAUACACCCUGCUGCUCAUGCCUGCAGGGCUCUGAGAGGAGGAAGCUUGGGGCAGGACCCGCGCCAGUGGCCCCUGGGCACAGCAUGGAGCACCCCAGCAAGAUGGAGUUCUUCCAGAAGCUGGGCUACGACCGGGAGGACGUGCUCCGGGUGCUGGGCAAGCUGGGCGAGGGCGCCCUGGUCAACGACGUGCUGCAGGAGCUUAUCCGCAUGGGCAGCCGCCCGGGGUCCCUGGAGCACCCGGCUGCACCUAGGCUAGUGCCUCGGGGCUCCUGUGGGGUCCCGGAUUCAGCCCAGCAGGGCCCGGGAACAGCCCUGGAAGAGGACAUCGGAGGCCCGGCUAGUUCCCUGCGACCCAUAGUGAUUGAUGGCAGCAACGUGGCAAUGAGCCAUGGAAAUAAAGAAACCUUCUCUUGCCGGGGAAUCAAGCUGGCUGUGGACUGGUUCAGGGACAGAGGACACACCUACAUCAAAGUUUUUGUUCCUUCCUGGAGGAAGGACCCACCAAGAGCUGACACCCCUAUUAGAGAGCAGCACGUGUUGGCGGAGCUGAAGCGGCAGGCAGUGCUGGUGUACACGCCAUCCCGCAAGGUGCACGGGAAGCGCCUGGUCUGCUACGACGACCGCUACAUCGUGAAGGUGGCCUACGAGCAGGACGGCGUCAUCGUCUCCAACGACAACUACCGGGACUUGCAGAGCGAGAACCCCGAGUGGAAAUGGUUCAUCGAGCAGAGGCUGCUCAUGUUCUCCUUCGUCAAUGACCGGUUCAUGCCUCCUGAUGACCCCCUGGGCCGCCACGGACCCACCCUGAGCAACUUCCUGAGCAGGAAGCCGAAGCCCCCAGAGCCAUCCUGGCAGCAUUGUCCCUAUGGCAAGAAAUGCACCUACGGCAUCAAGUGCAAGUUCUACCACCCGGAGAGGCCGCACCAUGCGCAGCUGGCAGUGGCCGACGAGCUCCGCGCCAAGACUGGGGCCCGGCCUGACGCUGGCGCCGAGGAGCCGCGGCCUCCGAGCGCCCCGGGCGGCCCUGCAGGAGCCCGGGCGGUCCCCCGGGAGCCGAUUGCUCACAGCCUCCCGCCAGCGCGGGGGUCCCUGGACCUCGCUGCCCUGCGGGGGAGCUUCUCUCGCCUGGCCUUCAGCGACGACCCGGGGACCCUGGGGCCGCCUGACCCGGGGACCCUGGGGCCGCCUCCCCCGGGCCCUGCCUGCAGCCUCGCGCCCCGACUGGGCGGGCCCGACUGGAUGUCCGCGGGUGGCCUGGUGCCCCGGGUCUCGCCGUCUUCGCGGGCGGGCGGCGCUGCCACCUCCGAGCUGCCCAGCCUUGGGGCGCCGGGGCCAGGCCCGCCCAGCCUCCCUAGCCCGCAGAACCCGUUCUCCCUGGGCGACCUCCCGCCCCCGCCCGGCCUGCAGCUCCAGCCGCGGGGCGAACACCGCCCCAGGGAUCUGCAGGGGGAUCUGCUGCCCUGGCGCAGGCCGCCCGACGACCCAUGGGCCCGUCCGCCCAGCUCCGACCGCUUCCCGGGGUGCUUGGCUUGGGCGGAGCCCGCCUGGGGCGAUGGCGCCACUGGGGGACUCUCAGGGUACUCUGCCAAGGACGGCGAGGGGGAUGCGCGCACCCAGGCUCGCCUCGCGCUCUACAGCGUCUUUCCGCGCGACCACGUGGACCGCGUGAUGGCCGCGUUCCCCACGCUCUCCGACUUCGCCAGGCUCAUCCUCCUCGUGCAGAGAUCCCAAAGCACGCGGGCAUCCCUGGGCAAGCCCUAAAGGACCACCUCGCUCUUGCAGGGAAUGACCCGGCCUCACCUUGCAUCUUGGACGGGUGGACCAGUGGUUGCCAGCCUUGACCUGAGUGGGCCCACCGUGGCGCCCCCGUUUCUUUAAAGAUGGUCAGGGACGCCUGCUUCCUUCUCCUUAGCGGGGUUGGGUGGGGGCCUGGUGGCAUUUGGUGAUCCUCACUGAGGCUGGGGCCUGCUUCAGGGAGGUCCCCCUACUUCCGCAGAGGGAGUGAUUUUCCACGUGCACGGAGACUGCAGCUCCAAGCUGCAGUGGAAUCCACAAGUGGGUCACAAAAUCAAUUUAGUGGGUCACCCCCACAAAUACAGCAGACUGGGACAGGUCAGAGCAUACCCUGCACAAUCAGGCCGAGUCUGAACUCUUGUUACCUAGCCUGUGUUCCUACCCCCUUGGCAGUCAUGUAACUAACCUUAGUGUGGGUCGUGGUCAGAAGUUUGACAAAGACUGGUGAAUGGUCUUGAAUUUCAUUACAUCAGAUAAUGUUGGAAACAGCAGUCAGGUGGCCACCGGAGGUUUGCCAUCUGGAAGUUUUCUUGUUAGCUAUUGCUAACUCCACCGGCAAGGGGAGCCCAGACUUCAGGUGUGGGCUCUGCUGUGCUCCGAAUUGCAUGGCUGUAUCUUGCUGGGGAUGAGUGGUAGGAUUGCUUUGUCCCAAGGCCACCUUCUGGGGCCUUCACUCCCCUUCACACACACACGUACACCACACCACACAAAUACAUGCACACACAAGUAUGCAGUCUCACAUAUGUACACACGCACACACAUCACUUAGCCACAUCUUUUGGCUCAGGAUUAAGUAUUUCCUUUUUUUUUUUUUUUAGACAUUCAUCAUGGCAGUUUCUAGAACAAGCCUUCAACUGUACUGAGUAUCCACUGCCGCCACUUCCUCCUCCUGCUCCUCCUUCUUUUCAAAAGAAACAGAGCCUCAGCCUCGUGCGGUGGCUCACGUCUGUAAUCCCAGCACUUUGGGAGGCCGAGGCAGGCAAAUCACUUGAGGUCAGGAGUUCAAGACCAGCCUGGCCAACAUGGUGAAACCCUGUCUCUACUAAAAAUAUAGAAAAUUAGCCAGGCAUGGUGGCAUGUGCCUGUAGUCCCAGCUACUCAGGAGGCUGAUGUGGGAGAAUCUCUUGAACCCAGAAUCUCUUGCAGUGAGUUGAGAUUAUCCUGCUGCACUCCAGCCAGGGCAACAGAGUGAGACAGCCAAAAAAAAGAGUCUCACUCUUGAGUACCGUUGUAUGAUCAUAGCUCACUGCAGCCUCAAACUCCUGGACUCAAGCAAUCCUCCUGCCUCAGCCUCCUGAGUAACUGGGACUGUAAGCAUGAGAGCCACACUUCACAGCUAAACUGGGGUUGGGUGAGUCUGGACUUUUGUUCUGAAAUCUACAGGUCAGCAGAAAGCUGACAUGAGCCCAGUCAUAGAGUUUACUGCCAUCUUCCUGGUGCCAUUUCUUCCAGUCAGCUCCUGUUCUGAGUUUGAAGAGAAGGGGCCUACCCAUUUGCAAUGGCUAAGAAGUGAGAUGGUGCUGCCAGAGUGUCAAUCCCCGAAUCCUCAGGGGCUCUGGCCGCUCCUGGCAGCAUCCACCCAUUCUGGCCAUGCCAGCCCCAUGCCAGCCCUAUGCCAGCCAGACUAUGGCUAAUUUGUUCACUAGAGAGCUUGGUAGCUUGACAGUUUCGGGGCAAGCAUAAGGCACUACCCAGGGGAAGAUCAGCCCCCAGCCCCACAAGCUCCCUGCAGCCUGUUGGUGCAGAGAGAACUCUUGCCAGUUUAUUACCAGAUUUCAUGAAAUGUUGGCAGGCCCGGGGGGCACCGCAGGGAAAGUGCGUUCCUAGCCCUUUCAUUCACGCUAAAUGACACCCCUGGGGAGUACAGUGAUGUCAGGUUUUUCUGUGAGACUCCUUUGAUCUUUUUAAACCAGAUUCUUAGCAUGGCUUGAGCCAGAUCUGUUUCUCACCCCCUUUUUUCCAAAGAGGAUGGUGCACCCACAAUUUUACCACAUCAUAUUGGAAUCUCAGUCCUGAAGAUGGUCCACUCUUUGUAAAUAAGUUGGAUUUUCCUCAUGAUAUGUGUGGGCUUUUUUUUCAAAUUUCAAUUUUAUUUUUUUGAGACAGGGUUCCGCUCUGUCACCCCGGCUGAAGUGCAGUAGUGCGAUCAGGGCUCACUGCAGCUUCGACUUCCCCGGGCUCAAGCAAUCCUCAAGCCUCAGCCUUCUGAGUAGCUGGGUCUACAGGUGCACCACCACAUCCUGCUGAUUUUUUCUAUUUUUUUGUAGAGACCCAAAGUGUUGGGAUUACAGGCAUGAGCCACUGCAUGGGGCCUUUAUUUUUAUUUUUAACUUUUUGACACGCUUUCUAUUAGAGCUGUUUUUUGUCUCCCGGCUCAGUCUCCUGAUGUAGAAUCACUGUGUUGCUGAUUUUCAGUUGAAAAUGUUUAAACUGCUUCCUUUGAGAAUAAGUCUGAGUUUCAGUAAGCUGUAAAGCUAUUUUAUUUGGUUCACUGUGAAUAAGACAAGUACACACAAAAAAGUGAAAACGCAGCACGUUUCAAGUGUAAUCCCCUUUGGAAUUUUUCCAAAGUCUUAGUAUAUGUCUUUGUGACACAAAAACAUAGAUGGGACAGGUAAAUAAAAUGUUCCUAGUUGCAUAGCUGUUACUGUGCUUCAAAAAUAAAUCAGUUUUACCACA